GUGUAGGAAAAAGUACUGUCGGGAAUAUGCUAUUAAAAGCAUGCGAAAAUUAUGAAGAACGUUUUGAAACGUAUGAAGGACCCUAUGAUGGAUAUGAUGGAAAAGAUUUCAUCUUAGUGGAUACACCGGGGUUCACAAAAGAAAAAUCUAGGUCAACAUGGGGAGAAAUCGAUAAAGUUAUUGACAAGUCAUAUGAACAUGGAAUUCAUGCCUUUCUUUUUCGCUUUACAUCAGAUAGAAGAUCUCAUUUAGAUGAAUGCAUGAAAAAAUUAAAUAAUGAUAAUGUAAUCAUAGUAUUUACAAAAUCUUCUAAAGUAGAAACCGAAACUCCUGAAAAGAUGAGAGAUUCUUUUGCGGAUUUUGUAAAAGAAUAUAUCGAGAAAGUUAAUCAUCGAUGGGUUGUUGCACCAAAUCCUGAUAUUUAUGAUGAGCAUAAUUAU